AUGUUUGACUAAUAUUCAUAUUUCCUGAGUUAUAGGUACAUGAAAACACUAAAGGCUUUUGUUAAGAAUUAUGCAAGGCCAGAAGCAUGUAUGGCUGAGGCGUAUUUAGCUGGAGAAUGUGUUGCAUUUUGUUUAGAGUUCCUUAAAGAAUCAGUACCAGUUCAAGAAGCAGUUAAUCGUAAUGAAGAUGUUGAGGCUGAUAGAAUGGUGGUUGAAGGCCGACCUCUGCAGAAGGGUAUAGAGGUUACCCUGUCAGAUAAAGAUAGAGACAUUGCACAUCGAUAUGUGCUAAUGAACAUGGCAUCUUUGGAUCCCUUUCUUGAGUAAGUAAUUCUCUAUGUUUCUUCUACUUGUUUUACUCAUAAUUUCAUUUUCAUAUACUGUUGUUUAAUUUAAAAUCAGGAUGCAUUUGGAAGAGUUGCAAGCUAAGGAUGCUCGAUUGGCUAAAAAUGAAACUUUGUUAUGGAAAAACCAUACUGAACACUUUACAGAAUGGCUUAAAAAUAAGAUUCAUUUAGACUCAAAAGAUAGUCAUUCUAAGGAGAUAAGGUGGUUGGCAUUUGGACCAAGAAAUGUUGCUUUAGCACAUAAAGGAUUCAUCAUCAAUGGCCAACGGUUUCAUACUGAUGCGGUCAAGCUGAAGACACAAAACAGUGGAGUAACUUAUGAAGCCUUUAGCAUGUGUAGAUCAAGUGCAAGAGAUAUGAGACAGGUCGCGGAUAUGAUUACAUACUAUGGAGUGAUAAAGGAGAUUUUGGUCAUCGACUAUCACAUGUUCAAAGUGCCACUCUUUAGAUGCAACUGGGCAAACACAGCGAAUGGUGUGAAGGAAGAAGAUGGCUUCACUCUUGUUAACCUUCAUAUGAACCAAGCAGCCUAUUUGAAAGAUCCAUUCAUUCUACCUUCUCAAGCGAAACAGGUUUUCUACUCUAGGGAGGAUGAUGCUUCAAAUUGGUAUGUUGUUAUGAGAGCACCACCUAGAGGUUAUCAUGAGUUGGAAACAGAAGAGGAUUUAGGUGGUGCUCCUUUACCUGUCCAAGAAGUUGAUGAUAUGGGUGAUGAUAUGGAUGAUGAUAGUGUAUAUGUUAGGGAUGAUUGUGAAGGUUUAUUAGUGGUAGAUUGAUGAUAUGUUGUAUGCUUGUGUGAUGGUUUGUAUGAAUGUGAUAAUGUUGUGUUAUGGGAUUUGAAUAAUUAUAUUGAUUUUUGGAAUUUUAAUAAUUUAUAUUGUUUUUA